ACCUCCCGUAAGAUCGACGGUGUCGCGACGUUGUCUUGCAAAUGACCAUGUAAAUCUCGAAGACUCCGGUGAAACGGAAGACGUUUGACCAAAUCCUGCGGAAGUUUCCGCUGAUGCCUGCCGGAAACGCCGCGAGCGAGGGAGGUCCAAUCGGAGCCAAGCAAAUGCUGAGCGUUGCAAGUACCGGGUACGUACCAAGAACUACAGCAGGACAGUACUACGCUAGUCUCUUGGAGCUCCCCUGUCCCUACCCGAGGCUUCUCUUCCUCGCGUUGUCGCUCACUUUACCGGAAGUACGUAGCAGUAUUCAGAGGUUUCCAGAUGAGCAACUUAAACGAAGCUUUUAGGCUGCUCGAAUAGCUAUUGCAUUUGACAACACACUAAAGGGGAGCCUUGUUUAGAGCAUGGCAUGAAACAGUCAUCUAUCACCAUGAUCGAUGAGGAUGGGGUUAUCUUCAAGCUCGAUGAGCUGUUGCGGCAUCCCGAGGAUCUGGACAAGCUCUCAGCCCUCAGGGCUGACUUCAUGCGCAAGAAGGCGGCCGUCGAUACACAGCUCAAAUUAGGAUUGAAGGAGCAAUUGGACACGACGCAGAUGGGAAUAGACUCGAUUAAUGAUGGAAAACGGACAGUCAAUUCGAUAAAAGAAGAGAUGAUGAAGAUCGAUAAGCUGUGCGCCGAAUCUCAGAAUAUGAUCCGAGAUUUCCCUAAUAUCAAUCUUGUGUCACAAACGCAUCGUAACUUCACCCAGGUUGAGGCAAUGAAGGAGAAUCUGGAUACGUUCAAUGACAAGCUCCAGAAUCUCAAAGAUUUGUUGAAAGAUGACGACGAAGACAUCGAAAACCAGCCCAAUCUGCUUGCGAUCCAUUACGGGCUGACAAAACUCAGAGAUAUCCGGGACGAUGCCAUGAAUCAGAUCAAGAGAGCCUCUGACAAAUCUUUGGAGGCUACACUCCAGGAAUAUUUCAGCCGUCUUGAUGACGUAAUUGAGUGGUUUGACGACCAUGUCGGUACUGCAUGCAUGAACCUCAUUCCCUUGGUCCAGGCCGACAAUAAGGGUAUGGUGGUGCGACUUGCUCUUGUGAUCGAAGAGGAGGAAAGAAGCGAUAAAAAGGUAGCGGCGCUCCAAGAUGCUCAGAGAGAUCAUAAGGAGCUUGCUUCGCGUUUCAAAUCCAUGGCCACCGGACCAAAGGAGCUUCGAGGAUACAAGGAAAAGUUCCUUCAAAGCAUCGAGUUACACGCACAAUCCCAAUUUGAAGAAACCGAGGCAACCUUUUUGGAAGAUUCAAGCAAACUGGACAAGUGUACGAGAUGGUUUUUUAACGAUCUUUAUGUGGUCAAGAUAGGCAUGGUGGGGUUGAUGCCAAAAAGAUGGAAUAUCAUGAAGACAUACGUUGACAUUUAUCACCAUCUCAUGCAUGACUGGCUUGUCAAGCUAAUCGAUGAUCCAAAUCUGAAGCCAGCAAACAUGCUUGCGAUCAUACAUUGGGGGGAGAAAUACUACGCCAAGCUUGAAAGACUUGGUUUCCAAGAAAGCGAUGUGCAACCUCAGCUAAUUGACAACCGCGAGGGGGAGCUUGUGCGUGAGUGGCGUCAACUCAUCAUCAAGUAUCUUGAUGAGUGGAUUGAUCGCAUGUUUGCCGGCGACAGAAAAGUGUUCCUUGAACGCAAACCCGACUGUCUGGACACCGAUGAAAAUGGCUAUUUCCGAACCAAGACACUGGGUGAUAUGUGGCGCAUGCUGAGAGAGCAGGUCACCGCGGCUGGGAACUCGGAGCGCGCUGAUGUCACUGAGGGUGUGAUCGAUGCAAUGUUCCUGACUCUCAAGCAUCGUCAGACCAUGUGGCAAAAGGUCAUGGACGAGGAAGCCUCAAAGUACACCGGCGGACAAGGCGAGCAGGAAGGCCUACAGAUUUUGCAGGACUGGCUCGUGGCCAUUUCUAAUGACCAAAUUGCUUGCAUCGACGAUAAUGAGGAAACUGGGCAGCUGGGAUAUCUUUCACGCUUCAAGCGCGACUUUGAGCCUCUUGUCACGCCCAAAUACAUGCUCCAUGCCAGCAGCCAGAUUGAAGGCCUUCGAGAUGGUUACGUCGACCUCGCCACACAUUGCGUUACAAUCUUUGUCUCCAUCGUCUUUGCUGUAGAUCUUCGUUCAACCAUUUCGGACUUCUUCACGCCAAAGUGGUAUUCCGAAUAUGGCAUGAAGCGAAUUACUUCCACUUUCGAUGACUACAUCUCAGACUACUCGGAGGUGCUGCAUCAUAGCAUGGUGGAUAUCUUUGUGGAAGAGCUCUCUGAAGAAUUGUUGAUCAGAUACUUGUCAGGCGUUCGAAAUAAGGGAGCUAAGUUCCGACGCGUUGAUGCAUUCAACGACAAAUUCAAAGACGACGUUAUCACCGCUUUCCAAUUCUUUGAGAGGUUCCCGGAUUUUGCAAACAUCAAACAGAAGUGGCGGGUUGUGGAUGGUUUGGUGCGCCUAUUAGAGGCGGAAAAACAUGCCGUUGCUAGCGUCUACGAAAGCUUCAAGCAGGAGUACUGGGAUGUCCAGCUGAGCUGGGUUGAGGCCGUCUUGAGGUCCAGGGACGACUUUGACCGAGGCAUGAUGAACAGCGUCAAGACAAAGGCAGCUGAAAUGCACGUAGAGAGGGGACCAGAAACUAUCAUGAGCAAAGUGAGAUGAUAAAUCCUGCAUGCACAUCGAGCUUGUCUGCUCUAUUUCUCAUUGAAGAUUUGCAUCAUAAUCACCAGAGCGAGGCGUCAGGAGAAGUGGAGUAUGUCGUCUAUAUAAUCCAGAAUUCACUAUAGUAUCUUGCAAAACUUUUUUCCGUAAAAGCAGACCCUGCGAAGCUAGAAUGUAUGCAAAAAUUUAACGCCGUCCGUGCUUGCCUCCAG